UGCAUCUUCUGAACGUUGCAGUUUCCUAACUCAUGACCUCUCCUUCCCACCUUCGACGUCGUACAGAGAAGUCAAGGAAAAGGUGUUAGGAAAGGAUGUUAGGAGGUAACUUUUGGACUCUUUUCCGCAGCCCUGCAUCCAUCACCUGUCGACGUCACCUGGUGUUACCUGAGAUGAGGGGCGGAGCCUCCAACGGGCUCCCUAAGCAGGAAGCAUACCGGAGGUCGGUGCACUUCCUGCUUCUGAGCGCAGAGAGCAAGCGGGCGCUAGCGAGUGGCACGCGCAGUUCCCACGUGUGCAAGUCUGGAUUUGUCUGAACCUGCUGAUCCACUACGGAACCAGAACACUUGCUGGAUCUGGUCUCAGUCUGGAUUCAGGACUCACGUGUGACUGACACUGUAAUGAUGCACCUGAUCAACAGUAAAGUGUUGGCCCUGCUGUCGGCUCUGAUGCUUGGAGGGCUGUUCUGCUACAUCUUCCAGUCCUACAGACUGGCUGCUGAUGUCAUCCCUGAGAGUCAUGAGUUCUACUUGUUGGCUCCUGAGCAUCAGCAGUACGAGCAGCCGAGCAUCUUACAUGGUCGUACCGAUGUGGUGACGGUGACGCCCUGGCUGGCUCCUGUGGUCUGGGAGGGAACCUUUAACCCGGUUCUACUUGACAGCAUCUACAAGGUGAAGAACAUCACCGUCACAGCCACCGUGUUUGCUGUUGGAAAGUACAUCAUGUUCCUGAAAAACUUCCUAGAGACAGCAGAGCAGCACUUCUUCGUUGGUUUCAAAGUGCACAUUUACGUGUUCACUGACCGGUCGAAUGAGGUGCCCCAAGUCCGAAUGGCCACCGGCAGACAGCUGACGGUGCGUUCGGUGCCCAGCUCCAAGCGUUGGCAGGAGAUCUCAGCUCGAAGGAUGGAGCUCAUCCAGACGCUGAUAGAGGAGCAGCUCCCGAACCACAACGACUACAUCUUCUGUCUGGAUGUGGACUCUAAGUUCCACGGCCGCUGGGGGUCCGAGUCACUGGGAGCACUGGUCGCUGUGACGCAUCCGGGUUACUACCGAGACCCCCGCAGCCGGUUCCCCUACGAGCGGAGGCCGGCGUCUAAAGCCUACAUGGCUUCUGGGGAGGGGGACUUCUACUACUGUGGGGGGGCGUUCGGGGGACUCCUGCAGGAAGUGCAUCAUCUCGCCAAAACCUGCCGCUCCAACUUUGAGGCUGACACCCAGGAGGGCAUUGAGGCAGCCUGGCAGGAGGAGAGUCACCUGAACAGGUAUAUGUGGAUCAACAAGCCCAGUAAGGUGCUCUCACCUGAAUACCUUUGGCAGGACUUCAAACCCAAAAAUCCCGAAGUUCACAUUAUCAGGUUCUCCGGAGUCGUCAAGAACUACGCUGAGAUCCGACCCAACACCUGAGAGUCUGAACGCAGGACCCAAGACCCCCCUCUUCACCUGACGGAGUCCCAAUCUUAACGACUAAAAGACCGGACGCCACAGAAUUCCAGACUACAGAAGCCCUUCCUGUUACACAGGCUCCGCCCCCUUUACAGACUCAGGACCGUGAACUUAACUUGCAUCACUUCUAAUUAGCAAAUGCAACGUUAGCUUUAUUUACUAAAACAAUUUUAAAUUAGUCGUUUAGCCUUUUUUCUUACUGAGCACUAUUUUCUUACUGAGUGCAUUGUGGGUGACACUAAGAUGACAGUUUAGUUUAUUAACUUGAUCCCCAUUAGCUGACGCCUUAGUAGCCGCUAAUCCUGCUGGGGUCUCCACACCUGAUGGUAGCAUUAGCAGGAUAACACGAAACACCCGGAGAACCAGAGCUGCAUCUUGUGUCUCUUCGCCUGAUCUUCACUGUCAGGCUUCAGGGUUUCUGCGAGUCCUUCACGUCGCAGAUUUAAUGCAGGAAAUUAGAAAAUGUAGACCUGAAAAUGCCUUAAAUAGUAUUUUAUAGGUCAUAAAAUGAAUGGAUGUUUUAAUUUCUUACUUUUUGGUUUAGCGGGGGAAAAGAACCCCAAUCAAAUUACAGGAAAAGUGUGUACUACUAUAAAAUGUAUGGGUUUUCAUGGUUUUUACAUCAGCUGUGUAAGUUUACAAGCAGAUUUAAAAAAUCUGAAAUGCAUAUAUACAUAUGUGUAUGGAUGUGUAUAUAAUAUAUGUAUGUGUGUAUGGAUGUGUA